UAAAUAGUAAUGACUGAGUUUUCAGCUCUUCAGGAAUAUUCUAGACUUGUCUGAAAUCAGUUGCUUUAAAGGACAUUUGUUAAUAAAGUUGCUCCUUGUAUUGCCUUUACUGCAUCAUCCUACACAGUCUCCUUGGGAACAGCCAGCUCAAUAAGGACUCAAUUCCCUAGGUAACCCAAAAGUUGAAAUGAUUUUUAGCUGUUCUGUAAGAUCCUUCAGCCCCUUUAUCAACAGCAUUUACCUUUGGCAAGACCUUGUUGCAAUAAACCAGCACAUUCUUUGCUGCCAGGGAUCUUGCAGCACUGGAAGUGGAACAGGCAUCGCAGUUUUGUUAGAAGAAAGAGCUAGGAGGUCUUAAUAAAAAGAGGAUGUGAGGAGGGCAGGGCCAGGAAAAGUAGAAAUGUAUACAUGCUUGCACAAUGCUGAGAGUAGAGGGAACUCAGAAGAAGCACUAGAUAAAAGUGCCAGUGCCUUCAUGCAGAAGGCAUCAGCACCAACUGCGGCUUAUUGAUAUGAAUUGUACAAAACCUUGCUGGAAGUACUCAUGCUUUUACUGUACCUCUUACUAUGACAAAUUUCAUUUCCCUUUUUCAUUUCCCUCCUUAUUCCUGGCCUGAUCCCUAACUUGCUUCCUCUUUUUAUUCUCAGUUGCACAGGUUUAUGAUAGCACUGAUUGCCACACUUGCUGUUGCUUCUCAUCUGGCUUCAUUCCCCAUCAACAUUUCAUCUGGCCAAGACCCUGUCUUCCCUUUCUUCUUGGCUUUUACAGCUGGUGGGCUCGGUGAUAUGAAGGACAGUUUUCUUGUUUGCUGAAGUUAAAUCCAAGCUGACUUGUCACUACAAAUGGACAGUUUUUCAAAGAUGAGGCUUGGUGGAGCAGCUUCUUGGUAUCUCCACUAUGGAAGGCCAUCUUUGUGCUAAUGUGGACAUUUCUGUGAGAAAACCUCCAGGAGCAAGCCCUCAGUCCUUCAUUGCUUUGCUGAAGGUUCACCGAGAGCUUCUGGUCGGUAGGAUCCGAAACACGCAGUGUUUGAUUGAUAACUUGAUUAAGAAUGACUACUUCUCCACUGAAGAUGCAGAGAUUGUUGUCCAGUUUCCUACUCAAGCAGAUAAGGUUCGCAAAAUUCUAGACUUGGUUCAAAGCAAGGGAGAAGAAGUUUCGGAAUAUUUUGUCUAUGUCCUGCAGAAAGUCACUGAUGCUUACUAUGAACUUCAGCCUUGGCUGGAUGAAAUAGGUUAUGAGCCUUCAGAGAAUAUUUGUACUAAACCUGUGGUAAAUACAGAUCCAGUUAGCAGGUAUUGCCAGAAACUCAGACAUGAACUGGGACGGGACUCCAAGUUUGUUAUGUUGUAUGCUCAGAAGGAGGAGAUGCUGCUUGAAGAAAUCUACUCCAACAAUAUUAUGGAGCUGGUCAGUUUUACCAAUGAGAGUCUUGGCCAGGUGGGUCAAUUAGAAGCCCUUUUUGAUGAUGCAGUGGGGCUAAUUAAUGAAGAUGGAGAGACUGUUUAUGUCUAUGGUGAUGCAGGAAUUGGAAAAUCCAUCUUGCUGCAAAAGAUACAAAGCCUUUGGGCUAGAAAAGAAUUGGACAUAGGGGCCAAGUUUUUCUUCUGUUUUCGGUGUAGGAUGUUUAGCUGCUUCAAGGAAGAUGAAGCAAUAUGUUUGAAAGACCUGCUCUUCAAAUAUAAUUGUUACCCAGACCAGGACCCCACAGAAGUGUUUCAUCACAUCUUGCAGUUCCCCCAUACAGUUCUUUUCACUUUUGAUGGCUUUGAUGAGAUCUAUUCCAACUUUGAUCUCAGCAGCGUACCUGAGAUGUGCUCACCCAAUGAACCCAUCCACCCCCUGGCACUGCUCAUAAGCCUUCUCAGAGGGAAGCUUCUUAAGGGAUCCAAGAAAAUUCUUACUGCCAGGACAGGAACUGAGAUCCAAAAAAACAUCAUUAGGAAGAAAGUGUUGCUCCGUGGUUUCUCCAGGAACAACCUGAAGGAAUACACAGCUUUGUUUUUCAGAGAUGAGCGGCAACGAGCACUGGUAUCAAACCAGUUGGAAGCUAACCCAAAUCUCUGCAGUUUGUGUUCAGUGCCUUUAUUUUGCUGGAUUAUCUUUAAAUGCUUUGAGCACUUUCACUCCACGUUUGACAGCCAUGAGCUUCCAGACAGUUCUGUUACAUUAACAGAUGUGUUUUUGCUCAUGAUUGAAGUCCACCUGAACCGAUCUGUGAAAACAAGUUUGCUGAAGAGCAAUAUCAGAAGCCAAACAGAGAUGUUCAAAUCCAGAAAGGAAAGUCUUCUAGCUUUGGGUAAAAUGGCCUACAAAGGGAUGGAGAACUCUUCCUUUAUCUUUGAGCAGGAGGAAGUCUCAUCAGCAAAUAUAUCUGAAGAAGAUUUGCAAUUGGGCUUUCUCAGGACAGUUAAAGGUUACAGUGGCUGUCACAGUCAGGCCACUUACGAGUUCUUGCAUGUAACCCUUCAGUCUUUUUUCACAGCUUUGUUCUUGGUUAUGGAGGAGAAGGUGGGUACCAAGGAGUUACUUGAGUUUUUCAAUGAAUGUUCUUCCAUGGAGACUGCCCAGCCUACUUGCCUUCGUAUUCCCUGGAAGAAACAACUAUCAGGGGAGGAUCCUUUCCAAAAUAAAGAACACUUUAAUUUUACCAACAUGUUUCUUUGUGGCCUACUUUCUGGAUCCAGGCAGAAGCUCUUCAGACAUUUCGUUUCGCCUGCGGUCAUUAAGAGGAAGAGAAAAACUCUCUUCACAUACCUUGGGAAGAGCAUGAAAUCCCACCUGAAAGGCUACACUCGGUCCAGGCUUAAAAGCUACAAUCAGGUGCAGAUGCAGCCCAACUUUGUGUGGAUGCUGAGAUGCCUGUACGAGACGCAGAGUGAGAAGGUGGGGAGGAUGGCAGCCCACCGCAUGCACGCCAACUACAUCAAGCUGGCCUACUGCAAUGCCCACUCUGCCGACUGCAGCGCCAUUUCCUUCGUGGUGCACCACUUCCAGAAGCGCCUGGCUCUGGAUCUGGACAACAACAACAUCAAUGACUAUGGAAUAAGGCAGCUGCAACCUUGUUUCAGCAAGCUUGCAGUGAUCAGGCUCAGUGUAAAUCAGGUCACAGAUCAUGGUGUAAGGAUCUUGUAUGAAGAACUCUCCAAGUACCAAAUUGUGUCUUUCCUGGGCUUAUACAACAACCAAAUCACUGAUGUUGGAGCCAAAUAUGUUGCAAAACUAAUUGAAGAGUGUUCAAGCCUGGAAUAUGUUAAAAUAGGAGCAAACAAAAUAACGAGUGAAGGAGGGAAGUGCCUUGCCCAGGCCAUCCAGAAGAGCAAGACAAUGUUUGAAAUUGGGAUGUGGGGGAAUCAAGUUGGAGAUGAAGGAGCAAAGGCAUUUGCAGAGGCCCUGAGGAACCACCCCAGGUUAACAAACGUGAGUCUUGCAUUCAAUGGCAUCACGACAGAGGGAGGCAAAAGUAUUGCUGAAGCCAUGCAACACAACAACUCCGUGAGGAUAUUCUGGUUGACUAAAAACGAGCUGGAUGAUGAGGCAGCAAUGAGUUUUGCAGAGAUGCUGAAGGUCAACAAGAAACUGGUGCAUUUAUGGCUUAUCCAGAAUCAAAUUACAGCCAAAGGGGUGAAGUGCCUCAGCGAAGCUCUCAAGGAGAACACGACUAUUCAAGAAAUCUGCUUGAAUGGGAACCUGAUGAGCCAAGAAGAGGCCAAAGCUUUUGAAAAUGAAGAGCGGAUCAUUUGUUUUUGAAUAAGGACUUUCCCAUUUUGCCAUGUUGGUGGUAACAAAGGUUCAGCUCCCCCCAGCCACACCAAAAGGCUCAUCUCAAAACUGGAGCAAGCAAGGAUGGACACACAGCUGUGGGAGAACCUGUGCCAUAAAUCCAUGCAUCACGUUCCAUCAGCAGCUAUUACCAGCCUGCAGAAAUCCCCCUGGCUCGGGGCAGCACUCAAAAAGCAUCUCCUGCCUGGAGAGUGAACUCCUUUCGUUUUUCCCCCACAUCCUCCACAUAACCUUGAUGAAAUGCACUUGGUUUUACUCACAGCACCCACAGCUCCACUCCCAGCUGGUGUAGGGGGAGAGGUGUAAAAUCACACCUUCCCCGCAGCAGACUUACCCUGUACACAAUCUAAAACCACAUGGCUCAUCUGUGUUCCUGUCCUCAUCUCACUUUGCAUUCAGCACAAGGGCUACAGCUCCCCAGCUGCUGCCAGGCCAGGCAGGAAGGUUUGUAGUGGUAAUGCAGCCAGCCCGGUCUCUCACAUGCACAGCUACCUGCUGCGGGUGACCUGACUUGCAGAGCUGUAGCCACUGCCCCAGGAGAAAGUUUCCAGGCAGUCAGCAUCACAGUGCUCUGCCCUUGCCAGGAUGCUCCACUGGAGAACAAUUUAACACCCUCAGUGGCUCUGGGCAGAAAUUCCCUCCUCCAGCAACAUGACUCUGCAGAAGCCUGUUGUAGUAGCCUCCUUCCAGCUGUUCAGGGACAGACAAGAGUGCUAGUAACCAUCAGGGACAAAGAAAUCCAUGCACUGCCCAGCCACAGGUAUGCUGCCAGGGAGUCAGUUUUAAAGAGGCAACCAUGAAAUGUUUUGGGAAGAGGAUAAAGUGGUAUUUGGGUUUGAGGAAACUGAAGGAAUGAGCAGCUAUUAAGUUACAUCACACCUACAGCCUCCCCCAAACAGCAGCUGCAUCAGCUCUCAUCUGCUGAGACUUUCCCUGGCCAGACAGAUACAAGCCUGUCACAUCACUGCUUGUGGGACAGGUGAAGAGUGAGAGGGACUCAGAGGGGCCAGAGGCUGGCCCAGAGGGUUGCACUCCCACCUGCAAGACUGCAGGCAAGUGAGAUACCAAGCUGCUUUUCUGGCUGCAACUCUAAACCAUGCACUGCUUUUCCUUCCUCUGAUCCAGCUCGGACUGCAGCA